GCCUUCUGGGUAGAGUCUGCGCGAGUGGGAGUGGAGUGAGUCGCUCAGUCUCGGCGGCGUUCAUCCAUUCCGUGCGGCACUCCCCGUACAGCUCUGUGCGUCCUCGGUGCGAACCAAGUGCUCCGGCCGGACGGCGAUAUACUGGACGAAACAAAGCAGGACGAGACGCGAAGCCUGGCGGAGUAACCUUGAGCAGAAACCUGCGUCGACACACGGAUUCCCCUCCGUCAGGGGGAGAGCAUGGAGUGACGGCGAGCGGGAGGAAGGGGCUUUUUCCGAGGACGGCGUGCUCCGCUGAAACCCAACAUGGCGCUGCUGCGAGGUACAGCCGAGCUGAAUUAAUUUCUCCGCCGACUUCCCCACCUGUGCCGUCCUUUGUGGCUCCAGGCUCACGUUGCGCACUGACUUACAGGACCUCUACCGGCUGGAUUUCUGCCUUUUCGGGAUCUUUUUUUUUCGUAUUUCAUGGAAGUGACACUUUUAGCUCCCAAAACUUCCAAUUCAGGCUGACAGAUGAAAGUCGGACACCCGAAUUGGCUCCAAAGUGAGAUUUGUUUCAUUUCAAGGGGAUAACCAAACCUGUUAGACACUUUUACUUUUUUCCACCUCGCCCUCCACCCUUCUGCUUUUGGUCGUCUGUCUCCAUCAGACAGGACCGUAACCGGGCCAGUCUGCGCACGCACGCGCGGACGGACCGCUGUCCUCUUUAAUAACUUGCGCGGGAGGGAAUGAACAAGGCGUGAGUAGGAAACCACGAGUGGAGCUUUCAGCGGUCAACCAGGGCAACAUCUGUUCGUGAUGUCGAUGCUGAGGCACAAACUAACCUGGAACUAAGACAAGGAGCCCACAUCACAAAAAACAUGGUGGAUGCCAGGUUGACGCCCCUGGCCGCGAUGGGGUUGGACCGAAGCACACUGCUGCAUGACAGCCUUCGUCUCCACAGUGGGGUUGUGUACCCAAGCAUCAGAGCGCUGCCAACAGAGAAGAGUUUAGAGGCGGCUGGGCUUCCACUGACGUACAACAGGGACGGUCUUCCGGAGCUCCUUUACAAGCCUGAUGGCUCUUUGGACAGUUGCAAGGCUGCAAAUGGAUACUUGGGUCUCUACAAGGGCACUCAUCCAAGUCUUCACAAACCUGUGCUGGUUCCCAGACCCGGAGCUGAAGGUCUAGGCUUGGAACGCAGAGUUGGCCCUGGAGAAAAAACAUCAGAACUUGGAUUGGCUAGUGCAGGUGGAAGUUACCUCCGCAUGCCAUGGCUGACCCCCUACCCCGAAGCGAGCAUGUAUCCCUUCAUGGAUACAUCAAAGUAUGCAACUCUAAACAUGUACAAAGCCUCCUUACUCAGCCAACCCAAUCCCUAUCUUCCCCAGCACAUUCCCUACCCAACUCUGUGUGCUACCCAAGGGGCCAAUGUCACCUCGGCUACUUCUGCUGCAGAGAGACUUUUCUACAUGCCCCCUUAUCCUCCUGCCCCAAUCUCUUCUCCUUUGGUGGCUACACCCAUGAGGAUUCCUACCGUCUCAGUAGCCCCCUCGUCACUGGUGCACUGCCAAGACAAGACACUAGGUGUUGCUCCUCCUUAUGCACAGCAGCUUCAUCAACCAUCUUCUCAUCCGCAACACCAUCAACCUGCUUUAGACAGGGACCGAUCCCCAAACAGAAGCAGCAGACCAAGCAGACCUCCUUCUAGGAAAGCGUCUAGUAACAACAAUAACACCAGUAGUACCAGCACAAGUGGCACCAGUGUUGGGACUAAUAACAGUCUGCCUGCUGAUUCCUCUCAUUUGUCUUCUCGCCUCCCCCAGCCUCCUCCCACAUCUGCCCUGUUUGACAAAGCACUGGAUUUGCAAAGGCCAGUUGCCAGAAUUGGACAGCCACCCACCUGCUCAACCUCUUCAAUAUCUGUCUCAACCACAUCAGGGCAAUCCAUUCCUCAUCCUUUCUUAGUUACCAGCAUGGCAUCAGAACAGUCCCCUCCCGCCCGACCCAGCCCCCACAAAUCCAGGCAGAGAGACGGGGCCCAUGAGCACAGAAGUGUGGGGGUUGACAAAGGGCGCAGUAGGUCUCCUUCCAAAGUCAAUUUUGAGAGACCAGUUCACCAAACCCCAACAACCAAAGAAUCAGCAGAGAAACCCCUUGACUUGUCUGGAAGAAUACUGGAGUUCGGACUAUCUGCUAAUGACUUUCCAGUGAAGAUGGACUCUAAACCCAGCAGUGCUCGAUAUGGACAUCAAAAUAAUAGAGACCUGUUGAAGGAAAACAUUUCAGUUUCUUCUGCCUCACAUCCACACUCUGUGGUCAGCAGCACUUCUUCAAAGGUCUCAGAGAGACCUGAAAUGAUCAGCACUUUACGCUCCUCCUGGGUUGUUCCAAACCCAACUCCCUCCCACACUCAGCACACACCAGGCAUGCCACUCUCUCCUAGGCCAAGCGCAGACCUGGGUUCUACAAAAGCCAAAGGCUCCUCACCCUCGGUCGUCAAAAAUAAGGGUCUAGAGAGAGUUGUCAAUCAGCAACGAAGCUCGUCUUGUCCUAGGAUAGGAGAGCCCAAUCACAAUGUUCCCUCCUCUCAACACUCUGGAUCAUCAAGAGCCGUAUCCCCCAAAUCUAAUGGUGAGUGGAUCAAACAUAGUCCCAGUCAUGCAGAACACCACAGAGAAGGACCAGAAAAGCCCUCCCAGGCAACAAAUAGAGGGGAAUCCACUCCAGAUGUUUCAUCCUACAAGAGACCGUGCUUAGAGAACAGUCACCCCACUGGACACCUUUACCUUUCUCAAAAUGAUGCUUAUUUAAACCACAGUCUGGCUUAUGCCAGCAGAUAUCUGCAUUACCCCAUCCCAGAUGGCAUGGGAUUACAUUCUAUACCAAUUUCAGGAAAAGGCCCUGUUUACACUCACCCAGCCCUGCUUGGGAACAACAGCCUAUACCAAUCCCACCUGGCAGCAAAGCACCCUUUACCGUACCCCCCCAAUCUCCCGGGUGGUCCAGGCAGUGAAUACCUUGCUUAUAACUCACAGGAGAUGGCUCAUCCUUUGAUGCAGACUCACUCUGAAUGCAAGCUUCUAGAACGGACAAAUCACAAGUCUCGAGCACAGGAGAAGUCCCGUGGAGCUGUGGAAGAACCUGGAAGUGGUAGAGAUAAUGCUGAGAAAGAGACGAGAGACACCAACACAGUGAAGUCUGACAGGGAAGCUGGAGCACAAGGACAGGGUGGCAGUCAAAGCAAAAGCUUGUCCUCUGCUGGAGCAUCCAGAGAAACAAUAGUCUGUAUUGACCUUGUUCACUCAGACACAGAUGUUGAAUCUAUCCCUUCAGUUCACAAACAACCUUCUGCUGAGGCUAGCACCAAGACUAACCAAAAUGAAUGCCAUAGUAAUCAACAUCUGACAAAGACUGAAUAUAAGCCAAAAGAAAAUCCCCACCAUUUUCCAAUCCACUCUGGAUCAAACCCCAACCUCAAGUCCAACUUCAACAAUGGACAGCCAGACACACUUUUUGGAAAAGAAAAGUUUCCUCACGAGACGCCUUGUCCUGGGAUGACUUUAUCCCCAGCCUCUCCUGGGGAGGUUUCUCAAGAAGAAGAGAGCUCAGAGGAGCAGAGCCCAAGCCCUGAUCCUGGAGUUGAAGACCAGAGCACUUUGCGCUGUGCCCGCACCUCAGGGGAGCGCAGCUCUGGCAAGGACAAAGGAGACCGGACUAACCAAGCUUCUCAUUUUACUCUAAACUGUGUCGUGAAGGACUUGGACCAGGAGAAAGUCUGCAAAGAGACUGUAAAGGAGGAUAGUAUCGUUGAUCUAGUGGAAUCUCAAGGAGAAGCUGAUGACGAAGAAGAGGGCUGCCAGACUUCAUCAAAGAACUCUCAUAAGUCCAGUUUGGCCAAAAGAAUCGCAAAUUCCUCUGGCUACGUUGGCGACCGCUUCAAAUGUGUCACCACUGAGCUUUUUGCCGACUCCAGCAAGCUGAGCCGCGAACAAAGAGCUUUGCAAAUGGAAGUCAUAUCACGAGAGGGGAGUAAUAUAAGCCAACCUGCAGCUAACUGGGAGCGGGCCAUGAUGCGGUUCUCGGAGCUGGAGCUGAAGGAGAAGGAGAGCGGCGCUGGUGUCUGCGCGUAUGCCUCGGCAGCAGGACGGGAGCUGGCGGACGGCCAGUGCAGGGAGCGCGCGCUGGAGUCCUGCCAACACACCACCAGGCCGGCAGAGAGGGAGGGUGUCCGGCCGACCUACAACAACAGAGUUCCAGUUCUCCAGAGGUGUGGCGGCCAACGCGAAGCCCUACCUCCAAGUCCCAAAGAUGGGGCCCAGAACUGCAGCCUACAUGGAGCAAAGAGGCCACUGAGGGAAUCCGAGGAGGCCCCCGGCGGGACCCCCACCUCCACCUCAUCAAAGGGGCUCUGCGAUGAGAAGACCUGCGAUAGCUUUGGAGCAGCGAGAAAACGGCCACACAUCAAGGCGGAGCCGGAAGAGACUGACGAGGAGGAGCAGGCGUCCCACCCAGAGAAGAGGGCCAGGAUUUGCACGGAUGAGCAUGAGGAAGCGAGUCCCGACGACGAUGACGACGACGAGGAAGUGAGGAAGCUCAAGGUCUGCAUUGAGCUGAAGGGGCUGCGACUAAGCAAGCCUGCUGCGGGCGCCGCUUCCCCUGAUGGGCGCCAGAUCAAACAGGAGAGAGCGUGGCCCCAGCCCCAGCCCCCGCGGCUCCUGAACCAUGCCCAGAGCCAGCAGCGCAAGAUCAGGCCGGGUCAGGUCGAGGACAGGAGCGCGGCGCACAGAAGUGACAUCAACAGGAAAUGGGGCUGCGAGAAGCUACCUAAUGGAGUGGCUGCCUUGUCUCUUCCCAGCAGCCAGCUGAAGGACAGAGAGCACCCGCUGAACCCCUUCUCAGGUGGCCUCAAAGAGCCCAGGCGGGGCUCCCCCUCCCCGGCCCCUGAGCCCUGCAUCAUGGGAGGCACCCCUCCCCUCAAGCUCCGUCGUCAUAGCGAUACGGACAAACCCAAGGGCAAGCGGCCAUGCAAGACCAAACACACCAGCCACAGGGAGCGGGAGAAAAGGAAGGAGGUUGCGGCCUCUGGACCCGGUCCUCACCCUGCGGCCGAUCCCGCUGUAGCCGAGGAUGAAAAGCUGACUGAGCAGCGCAGCGCUCCGAGGAAGAGAGCCGCCUCUCCCAAUCAUUAUCCAUGCUCCCCAGUCAAGCCCUGCUCCCCCACCGCGCUAGCGCCGCCUGCCCUGCAGCCACAGGCGAACGGCAGAGCGCUGCCAGAGGUGGCGGAGCUGCACAAGGCCCCCCCUGUGGAGCCCUCCGCCUUUCGUCCGAUCCCGCCGGAGGCUCGGCGGCUGAUUGUGAACAAGAACGCCGGGGAAACUCUUCUGCAGAGAGCCGCACGCCUGGGCUACGAGGAGGUGGUCCUGUACUGCCUGGAGAACAAAAUCUGCGAGGUGAACCACAGAGACUACGCUGGCUACUGCGCUCUCCAUGAGGCGUGUGCCCGAGGCUGGCUCAACAUAGUCCAACACCUGCUGGAUUACGGCGCAGACAUCAACUGCAGCGCACAGGACGGCACCCGACCGAUCCACGAUGCUGUGGAGAACGACCACCUGGAUGUGGUGCGAGUCCUGCUGUCUUACGGAGCUGACCCCACGCUGGCCACCUACUCCGGGCGCGGUCUUCUCAAAAUGACCCACAGCGACAACAUGGAGAGAUUCCUCACAGAUUAUUUUGCUGACCUUCAGGGCCGCUCAGAUGACGACCCAGGGCUUUAUUGGGAAUUCUAUGGCAGCGCUGUGUGUGAGUCUAGAGAAGAGGGUGGCGUUUAUGACAUCCUGGCAGACCCUCCGGGCCCAGACGACGAAGAUGAGGAUGACAAAAGGGAGGUGUUCGAGUUUGAGUUCUCCGACCGACCUCUGCUGCCCUGCUAUAACAUCCAGGUGUCCCUCUCCCAGGGACCAAAAAACUGGUUGCUGCUGUCCGACGUGCUUCAGCGGCUGCGGAUGUCCGCUCGCACUUUCCGACAGGCCUUCCCCCACAUGGAGGUGGUGACCGUGGCCGAGGCGGAGUUUUACCGUCAAGCCUCCCUGUCGCAGCUCUUCUCCUGCCCAGAGGAGCUGGAGGGCUUUCACCCGGACAGCAAGGAGCUGCUGGAUCUGGUGGAGGACAGCGCUGAGCUGGCCGCCCUCCUGGGCUCAACACUGGAGUGUUUGGACGACCGCUGGGACCACCCAGGGGACAAACUCAAGGACAGACUCAAGGCAAUUGGCAAGCUGGGCUCCUCCUGACCCUUUGACCUACUGACCUCUGACCUUGUCCUCCACCGACUGAAGUUUGCUUUAGAACCACCCGCAGGUUACGACGACAUGCCUUAGCCCGGCCGAUCUUGGUCUUCAGGGUCGUGGGGUGGACUGACCUGCUGCCGGCGGAAGGGGCUGGUGAAACAUUUCUCUCCUUUAACUGAGGAACAACGCGUUUGUGACUCAAGAGACGUAACGAUGGUCUUAUUUUUCUAAAUUAAUAUAUGUAUAAAUAAAUAUUUACGCUAUAUAUAUAUAUAUAAAUAUAUAUAUAUAUCAAGAUAUUUUUUUCCACUCCCCUCCGAACAAUUUUAUACGGCAGCAGCCGUGUCGGGUGGAGAAUGUGAGUGCACAAAAGCCCAUGUGCAUGCGUGUAUCUGUACAGAAUAGUACUGAGGCUGUGCUGUUGAAUGUGGUAUUUGUGUUUAUAGGAAGCACAUGAUGUCUUUUUUUCUUUUCUUUUCUGUUUCCUCAGACUUCAGUGCUCGCUUGAGCCUCAGGGGCUACUUUGUUGAAUUUUUUUUUUCAGACUAACUUAACACGCAAAACUGCAAAAUUGUUUGUAAAAUAAUGUUUUAAGACAAUGUUGAUAUUCACCCUGCGGCACAGAGCUUGUACAUAACAGGGAAGCUACUGCAGUAAAGUACUUUUUGUGUGUGUUCAUUUUUGUUUUAACUUUGUAAUUAAAAUAUGUCAUAAUUUGUAUUUAUAUUUUACAAAGGACGUUGCUUUAAAAUAAAUAUACAAACUGCAAGACGAACCAAAUAA